AUGACGGACAGACAAUCACUUUUCGAUACACCAUUUGACCUGCUUCCGAAUCCAAAGCAGGUCUGGGUGGGGGAACCGGACAGCAAAGAAGAGGGUCUGGGGAAGCUUUCCAUUCUGACACCGGAAGUAGUGGCCAAGGCGGCAGCAACCGAGAUCAAGACAGGGCGGAGGGUGACCAUGGCAUGGGAAAUGACCAAGCUGGAUUACCCCAAUCUAAACCGUCAACCAUGUUAUCAUCGGAUUGUUCCAUUGCUGGGUGGCGUGGCUUUUGAUGAUGUCUAUACGAUGAACCCACAACAAAGCAGUCAAUGGGAUGGGUUGCGACACUUUUCGCAGCCAGUCCCAGGUCAACCCGAGCGCAUCUUUUACGGCGGGACAACAGUGGAAGAGAUCAAUGAUCGGACAAAUGAUCGAAUUGGUAUACAGCACUGGGCACGGGAGGGCUUAGCCGGUCGCGGGGUACUUAUCGACUACGCGACGUGGGCCGAGAAGCGUGGUAUACAAUAUAGCACGUUCUCGACCCAUCAGAUCAGACUAUCCGAUAUCCUACAGGUUGCAAAAGAAUCCAACGUCGCAUUCCAGAAAGGUGACAUUCUCUUCAUCCGCAUAGGAGUCACCAAGGAAUGGGACACCGUCAUGACACACACGCAGAAGCAGCGAUACUCCGAGAAUCCGAAGCCCCAACACGCAGGGAUGGAGGCUACUAUCGACGUGCUUCGUUGGCUCUGGGAUACGGGUUUUGCAGCCAUUGCGAGCGAUGCUAUCAGCUGGGAGGUUUAUCCACCUCAAUCUCCUGAUCUGUUUCUCCAUGAGUACGUCCUUGCAGGAUGGGGCAUGCCCAUUGGCGAGCUUUUCGACUUGGAGGCGUUGGCACGUACAUGCGAGGAUCUUCAGCGUUGGACGUUCUUCGUCACAUCUGUGCCUCUGAAUAUGCCCGGUGGAGUGUCGUCCCCACCGAACGCGAUGGCCAUAUUCUGA